GGCGAGCGAGCGAGGCCGGGGAGGGGGCCGGGAGCGAGGGGGCAGCUCGGGAGCGGCGGCGGCGGCGGCGGCGGGGCUCGGCGCCCUCUUCCCUGCAGACCAUGUUUGCCAAAGGCAAAGGCUCGGCGGUGCCCUCGGACGGGCAGGCUCGGGAAAAGUUAGCUUUAUACGUCUACGAAUAUUUACUGCACGUAGGAGCACAGAAAUCUGCACAGACCUUCUUGUCGGAGAUUCGAUGGGAAAAAAACAUCACAUUGGGAGAACCGCCUGGGUUUUUGCACUCGUGGUGGUGUGUAUUUUGGGACCUUUACUGUGCAGCUCCUGAAAGGCGAGACACUUGUGAACAUUCGAGUGAAGCAAAAGCCUUUCAUGAUUACAGUGCAGCAGCCGCCCCGAGCCCUGUGCUUGGCAACAUUCCCCCCAACGAUGGGAUGCCGGGAGGCCCCAUCCCUCCGGGUUUCUUUCAGGGUCCUCCGGGGUCACAGCCCUCGCCGCACGCACAGCCUCCACCUCACAAUCCCAGCAGCAUGAUGGGACCCCACAGUCAGCCUUUUAUGUCACCGCGAUACGCAGGCGGCCCCAGGCCCCCGAUCAGAAUGGGAAACCAGCCUCCGGGAGGAGUUCCUGGGACCCAGCCAUUGCUGCCCAAUUCUAUGGAUCCCACCCGACAACAAGGGCACCCCAACAUGGGAGGAUCGAUGCAGAGAAUGAACCCUCCUCGAGGCAUGGGGCCCAUGGGGCCUGGCCCACAGACUGACCCUUGGUUAUCGUUGCAGAAUUAUGGCAGCGGCAUGAGACCACCACCCAACUCCCUUGGCCCCGCCAUGCCCGGGAUUAACAUGGGCCCGGGAGCUGGCAGGCCCUGGCCAAAUCCUAACAGUGCUAACUCAAUUCCAUACUCCUCCUCAUCACCUGGUACCUACGUGGGACCUCCUGGUGGUGGUGGCCCCCCAGGAACACCCAUCAUGCCUAGUCCCGCAGAUUCAACAAAUUCCAGUGACAACAUCUACACAAUGAUUAAUCCGGUGCCGCCUGGAGGCAGCCGGUCCAACUUCCCGAUGGGUCCAGGCUCCGACGGCCCGAUGGGAGGCAUGGGCGGCAUGGAGCCACACCACAUGAACGGAUCGUUAGGGUCAGGUGACAUAGAUGGACUUCCAAAAAAUUCUCCUAACAACAUAAGUGGCAUUAGCAAUCCUCCAGGCACCCCUCGAGACGAUGGUGAGCUAGGAGGGAACUUCCUCCACUCCUUCCAGAAUGACAAUUAUUCUCCAAGCAUGACGAUGAGCGUGUGAUCCCCUCCUCUUCUCCGAGACGCUGAGAGAGCCGGCAUUGCAGGCAGGAAGAUGCCAGAAAUUAUGCAAGAAGAAGUGAGGUGUCAUUACCCAGGAGCUGGGGGAGGGGCAUCUCCUGCUCCCCCUCAGCCCCAACCCUCUCCUCCAGCCCCCCCACCCAUCCCAAUUUUAGUUUCAUGCAAUAAAAAGGCCGAACUUUUUAUUCCAUAAAACAUGAAGGACAAAACUCAAAAUAAAAAUAUAUUUCAAGUCCAUGACCAGAAAACUCCCACCCCUUGCCAUUCCCAAAAGGACCUUUUAUGUACGUGACACUUUUUUGUUGUUUGUUUUGUUUGGGGUUUUACCGUUACUGGGAUUUUUAAAUUUGUUUUCAGGGGGGUUUUUUUGGGGGAAAAAUUUUUAAAAAUGGAAGCUUCUAGCAAGCCCCCCCCGCCCCACCCCAGUCAACCUCUUUGCUUUCUUCUUUUAAAAAAAAAAAAAAAAGAAAAAAGGCCAAAAAAAAAAAAAAAAAAAAAAAAAAACCAAGCCCUGCUGUCUGUACCCAAGCCCUUCCACCAGGAAAGCUAGUCUAGGUGUGAGGUCUCACGCUGUCUUUGUAGCCAUCUAAAAAUAAUGAUAAUAAUAAUAAACUGGGCAGUUUACAAUCGGUGGUUUCUUUCAAAAGGCCUUUUUUGGAAAGAGAAAAGCAAGUCCCCUUUCUCCACUUGGGGUUUUUGGUUUGUGCGAUGGGCAGGGGAGGGUCAGGAACCUGUUUUAGUUUUGCUCGGUUUCUCCGGGCCGAGGUGGCGGCGCCAGCGGCUGCACAACUGGAACCCCAGGACCCCCUCCCCUCCCACCCCCCCACCAGGUGGCCCGAGGGGCCACACCACCUGCCCGACUGCUUCCAGGACUCCGGCCGGCGGAUGCUUGCUGUGACCCGGUGGCAUGCACUGUGCUCCCAGGACUGCUUCCUCCUCCUUCCCGGACCUUCCCGCCGGCCCCCCCUCCGCCCCACCCCGCUCUUCCCAGCGAGACUCCUGCCGGCUGGCCCGUGGCCUGGCCGGCGCGCGUGGGGGGAGGCCGCCCCCGACAGGAUGGCUAUGACCUGGGACGUGGCAGCUGUGACCCGUGCGAUCCCGUCCCGCGGCCCUGGCCCGCAUCAUCCUCGUCGUGUGUUUGGGCCCGGUAGGGCUGGAGUUUGGGUUUUCUUUUACUUUUUUUUUUUUUCCUCUUGAUUCUUGCUUCUUUUUCAAAGAUGGGAAAUUGACCGGAAUUGCUCUGUGUACGCUUGGAACUGGAUGGAAAGACUUUGGAAUAGCUGUGGGGGGCGGGGACACCAACCAAACAGACGCGCCGUUUCCGGUCCUGUUUUUAUUUUCAAAAACCGACAAAUGCGGCAGUGGAGCCCGUCCCCUCCCAGGAGGGGUGACCCACGGCCUCCGUCACCUCACACCCCCAUCGAGACCUCCGUGUCUUGCCCCGAAGACACCCGAAUUCUUUGUACAUUUACAGCCCCUCCUCCCGCGCCCCUGUAGCUGCUGUUUCCUCCCUCCCUCCCUGAUCCAUGUAUAUCAUACUAUGUGAGAUACCAUCUGCCUGAAAAAAGACCUUGUGCGGAUUAUUGGGAACAUUGUAGCUGUUUCUGUGUUUUUCUUACCUUGUAGUCUGGUUCUGAAUUAAGAGAGGAAAGAAAAGUAAUUAUGAUACAUUGUAGUUUGUGUACGAUAUAUGUUGAUAACGUUUUAUUAAAGGGACAUCUUUUUUCCGCA